AUGUGGGUCUUUGUCUCCAGCGCUGCCUUUACCUCACUUGUGUUGGUACGUCCUUUUUUUUGGCUUUGCUCUCUGCGCAGUGACUUCUUUCAGCGUGUGCACGCACGCACGUACGUACUUGUAGUUGACAUUUCGCCCCCGUUUUUCCCUCGAGCGUUCUCCGCCCCGCGACAUUACGAAGAAAAGAACAGACAAGCGCGGGACAGAGUAGAAGGGAGGGAUAAAGCACGAGCAGCCACUCAAAAAAAAAAGAUAUACAAGAGCUCAGGUGUCUUGUGCUCACCCAACGAAUGUAAAGGUGUAUGUACGCAUCGUUCGCCCCUCCCACCCGACCUCACCUCCGCGAACCGUCGUCUGUUUUCGAUCUCCUUUCGCAAGCCCUUUCUGUUUUGUCUGCCUCCAUUGCUCGGGACUGUGAGGAAGAGCUUCUCUCUCCCUAUUUUGCCGCAUCUCCUGCUGUACUUCUUCGAGUUUCAGGCCUUGACCUUGACAGUUAUUUGCAGACAUUGCCUCUUGGAGACGUUGUUUCUCUUUGUGGCGUUUCUUCGUCAUCUUUUGCUGCCCAUCAGGCCGUUGUCGCCUUUAUUUCAUUUCGUUGUUUUUUUGGUGUUAUUUUUCGGCUUUGCAGCCUGCACAUACGCACACGCAAUGGGGUGCGUCACGGCCCGCGCGGCCCGUGAUGGGCUGGCCAACAGCAAGAAGACCGGCAAGCUCUCGAGAGAGGAAUCCGCGGAGGCCACCACAGAGAAAAAGCCCAGUGAGGCGGAGGUGGACUACGUUGCGCUCUUUGUGGCCGGCUACAUGACGGACUACUCGCAGAAAGGAGCGGUCUCCACGUAUGAGGACUACCGUGGCUUUGAAACCACCACGACGAAUCACGUGUCGAAGAACAAGGCGGAUAAGCUCUGCAAAUGGAGCGACCAAGCCCUGGAAAACCGCCUGAACCUCAAUAACGACGUCUUUUUCAACCCACAGAAUCCCUUCUCGUGGCCGAAGGAAGUCAUCACGAACCAUCUCACCUCGCCUUCCUUCACCGAUCGAAAUACCAUUUAA